UGAUCCAACGCUUUCUUUUAUUUUUUCAGUCUGGUUUUGGAUUUCAGAAGAGCGGGUUUGCAGCGACUAGUUAACUCUACAGAAUGACUCUUGCUGAAUAAUAAACCACCGUCCUCAUUUUGUCCUUUGCGCCAGAAUUAAAGGAAGCCUGAGGGUUCUCAUGCGGUAGGGACGUUUGCGCCACUCUUCUCCGUGUCUGACAUCUCACUUUGAACAAGCGGAGGAUAUUAUUAUUUCCGCAGUGAUGUUCAACCCACACAUCCAUCAUCAUCAGCAGCAGCAACAACAACAGCAGCUUCACCAACACCUGCGACAGCUGCAGCAACUUUUCCAACAGCAACCUCCGCCUCCUCCUCCAGCGCAGCCGCCUCCCGCUCACCAUGUCGGUCAUCACCACCAGACUCCGCGCAGCGCCAUUGCUGUUCCUACUCAGACGGCCCCUCCGCCUAGGAUGGUCAACUUGUGCCAGACGACCCAAGCAACCCUUAUUGCCCCCAAUCCAAUGCUGCAGAGUGCUAUCCUGAUGCAGCAGAUGCAAGGCAACAUGCAGGGCUUUGGGAUGGGUGGGCAGCUGUUCCGGCAGUUUUUUACCGCAGGGGCCAGGUCAUCACUGCUUGGGCCAGUCCCCAUGGGAAUGGCCAUCAAAUCCCCCAUCAUGGGUUUCCCGGCUGCACGGCCCUUCCACCCGCAUACUCGCUUCUUCAACGCCACCACUGCCACAGCUACCUCCUCUUCCUGCAUCUCUAACACAGAUGUUGCAACUCGCCAGACAGACAGGAAGAGGGAUAGUGAGCAGAUGGCUGCAGAAAGCACCGACAACCAACUAGCAGCAGCUCCCAGUACAGAUGAAGCUGCUGAUGAGACUCCAACAGAUGGUGCUGUGGAUGGAGAAAAUAGCCAGAUUUCUGAGGAGCAACUUGAAGAACCUGUAACAAAGCGGCAAAAGACAGAAGGGUCAGAGGAACCUAAAGAGCAGCUUGUGGAUGAGACGGUCACAGCAGUUCAGUCAGAGAGCCACAGCAACACAGUGGACAACCAGUCGGAAGGCUGCAUCAGUCAGGAGGAUGGAGGAUUCAGCAGGGAGUCAGAUGAUGUGGUAAUGGAGGAGACCAAACCUGAUGAUGCCUACGGGGAUUUGUCGGCUCAGUCCCCCUCCGCUGGACCAAGUGAAGAUAGAGAGCAAGUAAAUGUACCAACAGAGGAGGUUGCACAGGACAAAGAUGCCUCAAUAGCUUUCCUGGAGAGCCAGGACGAAGAAGCAGCAUCUGAGGGUUCAAACAAGUUCUACUGCUACCUCUGCAGCAUCACCUGCUUCAACCAGCAAAACUUCAGGAGUCACAUGAACAGCAUUUCCCACCAGCAGAGGAUGAUGGAAAUCCAACACAUGAGCAAUGCCUGCCUGGUCACCUUGCUUCCACGAGUCCAGGAGUCUCUGCAGGGUGCUAGCAAAGAAGGGGAGAAAAAAGCAGAUUUAAAGCAAUGGUGUGCUACCUGCCACGUCCACUUCACCUGUAGCAUUGUGGACCAUCAGCGCUCAGAGGAACACAAGCUUGCUAGUAAAACCGACCUGUCCUUCUGCGCUGUCUGCCAGAAGCGCUUCAAGACCUCCCAGAGCUUUGUAGAGCACCUCCACUCUCAGGAGCACAGGCAGAAGAUCCAGGAAAAAGGCUGUGAGACUUUGGCUAAGCUGACCAACAUUGGCACGGAUGGCUUUUCAUUUGAGGUGGAAGCACAGGAAUUACAAAAGAAUGAAAUAGACCAAGGAAGCACUCAGGAUGGCUGGUCCUCUGCCAAAGAGGUGACCCUAAAUGACAUGACAAGCGAUAAGCAGUAUGACCCUGACACCGUCUAUGGAUCCAGUUUUUUAGAUCCAGUGGCAGGUUUCAUCUGCAGGCUUUGCAACAAGUUUUACCUCUUUGAAACUUCGGCCCUGCACAGCCACUGCAAGUCACUGCAGCACUUUGAGAAUCUUAAGAGCUACAAAGCAAUGAUUGGUGAAAAAGGUGAAGAACCUCAGCCCUCAACAAAAUCCAUCCCAGCAGCAGGCAGCCUCAGACCCGUAACAGAAGCCUCAGACUGUUCACAAGAAAAUCUGCUCACUACUGACACAAUGGAAGCCGCUGACCUAAACUCCACGAAGACGAUUAUUUCAGUGACCAAACUGAAAGCCCAGGAAGAAAGCCAGCUGAAGGAGAAACGAGCAGAGGCCAACUCAACUUCACAGGACUUCACGCUCUCAGCGACAAGCAAUGAAAACCCCAACCAAGAGGAGAAAAGUAAUGCAUCCCAGGUGUCUGCACCCGAGGAGACUCCAGUUGAGUCUGCUGUCAGCAGAGAGGAGGCAGACCUGGAGCCUUUAGCUGCUGCUGAGGUGUCAAAUGGAGAGGAUGGCGAGGAAGCUCCAGUUGGCCCUGAGAAAAAGAACCACGAAGGAAAGGCAAAAAACACAGCUAAAAGACGUUCAGGGAGGGCUGCAAACAGACGCUGAGUCUGUAACAUGAUGUAGGAAUAAAACAAUCUAACGUUUGCAACUAUGGGACUGUAAUCAGAAGCCCAUCUCUUCUUACUGGAAAGUGUAAGGGAAUCACACCAAAAAAAAUAGGAAGACUGGCUACUGAAAGCAGUAGAACAGAACCUCUCAUGCAGACCUCUCCCUCAGGGUGGGAAAGUAACCGCUGAUAAAUGGAGGUUAUUGCCAUCAAAUGUGGAUUAGGCUCUUUUGGCUAUAAAAUAACAAUUUUUAUUUUAUUUGCCAUACCCUAAUGUCACUAUCAGAUUGCAAAAAUCCAAAAAGAGCUAGAGGGAAGAUCCUUGUGGUAAUUAACCAUCCUGUAAAGAGAGGACCUUUUUUUUUUUCAGUUUGAAAUUGCAUUUGAUUUUUUUUUUAAGAUAUUUUUUCGGCACUUAUUUUUUUCCCAUUUUUGACAGUAGGCAGACAGGAAAGAGGGGUAGAGAGAGGGGGAGACACUCUGUAAAUGUCGCCGGGUCCGGGAUCGAACCCGGGACAGCCGCCAUUCGAGGACUGUAGCCUCCGUACACGGUCGCGCGCUUAACCCCUACAACAUCAGCGCUGUGCCAUUUGAUCAUUUUUGAAGUCAAAGUUUAACAUGCAUCGGUGCAAGACCCAGGGUGUUGUUUGCAUACUAUAACAGUUACACUAAGUAUAGGUUUUGCAGAAGUAGGAUGUGCAGUUUAACUUCAAAUUACAAAAGUAAAAUUUCACAUUAAUAAAUAUCAAGAAUUUCAGUUGUGGUGUAACAUCAAAUUUCUCAAGCCAUAAAAAAUGUAUGUCAGCUGCAUUAGAGGAUGUAUGCUAGUCACUUUAAUUUCCCACCCUACUGUCCUCAGGUCAGGAGACCAAUGAGUGCAUACUGUCACCCUGAAUGUCACAUGAAGUUCAUACUGACUGAAAAAAUGUUUCACCUCAAAAUUUGCUUUUAGCACGCUGGAACGUAGAACGUGAUCUGCAUGAACAGUUGAACAAGUGACAGUUGUUAUAGUUGUUAUAAAGUGUUGAAGUCGCACUUCGGAUUGAGAAAGAUAAAUCUGGUCCAUAGUUAGAUGUAGCACAUUUUAUGUUCCUUGUUUACAUUUUGGGAACAAAAGUAGGCAACAGCUGAAGCCUUUAAAUAAAAGGAGUCACUAGGAGUCGAAUAUAAUUAUGGACACCUGACAAAACUAUGACAAUAAUUAUGGCUUUUAAAUAGUUAAUAGGCAGCAAAAUGUGGAAAGAGCUCCCAAAAAGAUCUGCAACAGCAGGUUAAGUGUUUCACAUACCAGUCUGGAUCUGAAUUUAUACCAUGAUGUUUCAGAUAAUAUAUUUUCAGUUGAUUUAAUAAUCCAUAUUGAAACUUUUAAAGUAAUCUUGCCACCAAAUAGGGAUUUUAUUCAGAAUCCCAGCUGGUGUCACAUUACUGGUGUACCUGCAUACGUUUCCAUUGAUCUGUGAGGAUUCACAGUGCAAUAUAGUUUGUAGUAGUUGACACAAGUUUCCCCUCGUUUCAUUUUCUUUUCCUUCCGUAGAAGUACACAUCAGAAACUUUAAUAUAAUGUUUGUGUAGCAAGAGGUUACUGCAGACUGUCUCUAUAUUGAAGUACCUGUUACAUACAGUAGGGUGUCCAUAUGUUGGAAAGAGGAUGUCACUUCCCUCUUCAUGACGAUGGUGUUCUGUUCUGGAAACAUUUCAUCAAUCAUACUAGUUUAUGAUAUCUAAAACCACAAAAAAAACUGACACGUGUAGCAGCUUUUGUAGUCACGGCGAUGAGUCUGAUGACUGUCACAUGUUGUCUGUUUUUUUAUUUUUGAAGGAAUAAAGAUGUGCGCUGAACUUUACUCUUAAAACUUGAACCUGAAUGCUUCAGGGGAGAGAAAAACACAUGAAUGGUAGUUUGGAAUAAAGCUCUAUGUUUCCUAUUGUAUUUUUAUUCAGCUACUGAGAAAUUGAGAUAAACAACCAGGGGAUGUUUUUUUAACUGCUGGAAGUUUAUUGUAUUUUUGGAUGUUUGUUUUUUGUUUCCGAGUAAUCUUAAUUUAUAUUAAAAUGUCUGACAAUUCCCA